CUCAAAACGAAACUCAUUUCCCUCUUUCAUAUUUUCUCGUGCUGCCCGCCCGGUUAAACUGGAACGAAUCAAUCCUGCCCGCCCCCCCUGCAAAAUCGGAUAGUUCCCACCACCAGCAAAGGCUGACCGCUGUAAAAAAAGACGAAAUGGGAGCUCCAGAAAAGAUCUGCACCGCCAUGGAACUCGCCGACCACGAAGCUAGAGCCAAUGGCUGCAGCGGCUCCGACGAGAUUCCGUCUUCUUCGUGCACUGUCGACCCCCAACUCACCGUCGCCGAUGCCUCUCCGCGCGUCAUCGGAUUAUGUAAGGAUUUGUUUAAGAAAUGGUCAGAAUUGGAUGAAUCUUGCUUCACAGUUGAGAGAGUUUCCGGCGGUAUAACCAAUCUGUUGCUGAAGGUGUCUGUAAAGGAAGUGAAUGGAGAAGAGAGUGCUGUAACAGUCAGAUUGUAUGGCCCGAACACGGAUUAUGUCAUUAACCGUGAGCGCGAGUUGCAGGCUAUUAAAUACCUAUCAGCUGCGGGAUUUGGUGCCAAAUUGCUAGGAGUAUUUGGGAAUGGGAUGGUGCAGUCCUUCAUCAACGCACGUACGCUAACUCCAGCAGUUAUCAACUCACCCAACAGUUAAUUGUCUGGAGAGCUUUGGCCAAGUUGAAGACAUGAGGGUGCCAAAGUUAGCUGCUGAAAUUGCAAAGGAACUCCGUAGGUUCCAUGCUGUGGAAAUUCCAGGCUCUAAGGAACCUCAGUUAUGGAAUGAGAUAUUCAAGUUCUAUGAAAGUGCCUCGGGUCUGCAAUUUGAUGAUGCCGAGAAACAAAGAACAUAUAACACGAUCUCUUUUAAAGAAGUUUAUGGUGAAAUCAUUGAAAUCAAGGAAUUGACAAGCCGUUUAAAUUCUCCAGUGGUUUUCGCUCACAAUGACUUGCUUUCUGGGAACCUGAUGGUUAAUGAUGAUGAAGAGAAGCUCUACUUGAUAGAUUUUGAGUACGGAUCAUACAGUUACAGAGGCUUCGACAUCGGGAAUCACUUCAAUGAGUAUGCAGGAUAUGAUUGCGACUACUCAUUGUACCCUAGUAAAGAAGAACAGGAUCUUUUCUUCAGGCAUUACUUACAACCUGAUAAGCCAGAUGAGGUAUCGUCAAAGGAGCUCGAAGUGCUUUACAUAGAGUCAAACACCUUCAUGCUGGCUUCACAUUUAUUCUGGGCCCUGUGGGCGCUAAUACAGGCGAAGAUGUCUCCCAUCGAUUUCGAUUACCUAGGCUACUUCUUCCUGCGUUACAAUGAAUACAGAUCGAAGAAGGAAGCGAACUGUUCAUUGGCCCGAUCUUACCUCUCAGGAUUGCACAAAUCCUAGUUUCUUGUUUCGUCAGCAUUUCGCCUUGUACUCUCACAAGAAUGCUAGUUAGGGAGGGAAGUAUGGUCUGCUUGCUUCCGCCGUUGGAUUGUUGUUUGUGAAAUAUUGAUUUUGUUAGCAGUCAAAGGAAGAAGAUAAUACCCAGGACAAGCACAACUGGAACGUGAAAGGCAAGACAGUUUCUUAAUGUUGUUGUGUUCAAAGUUUGAUUGCCUCCCCUCUGCUGCAGCAAUGCUCUGAGCUCUGUUUUUUUUUUUUUAUAUAAAUAAUAAUAAUAGCUCUGUAUUUUAUUUUCCCUUUGAGCAACAAACGAGCAAAAUGAAUUUUAUUUAUAAGAUCAAAAGUAUGUCAUCGCC